AUGCCUGUCAAUGCCCAUCAGUGCCACCUACCAGUGCCUACUCAUCAAUGCCCAUCAGUGCCACCUGUCAGUGUCCAUCAGUGCAGCCUAUGAGUGCCCAUCACUGCAGCCUCAUUAGCACACAUCAGUGAAGGAGAAAAAUUACCUGUUUGAAAAAUUUUAUAAUAAAAACAAAGAAACUUUUUUUUUUUUUUCAAAUUUUUUGCACUUUUUUUUUGUUUAUAGCGCAAAAUGUAAAGUGCCCAGCGGUGAUUAA